GUGGCGUAGCGCGGCGCUCGUGCUGUUUCUCCGAGUCACAACGAGCUGACGUCUUCCGGGCCGGAACAGCUAUAUUACAGAAAAAAACCAAACAAAACGUCCAAGGUUUAUUCAAAAACAUUACGACAAGGGCUUCGCUGCUGAGACGAAGGGAUGGAUUUCCCUGUGGAUGUGCUGGAAGCCACAAGUCACGGGGAGCUAGAGCACUCGGCUCAUAGCUAUAUGAAUGAGCUGCUUUACUCCGACCCGGACCACGCCCACUGCUUCACACUGCCCAGUGGGAAGAAGGUUCAGAUCAGCCUGUCCAGUGUGGGCUUUGUUCCUCUCUAUGGAGCCAAUCUCCAGCACAAAGUCCUGGCUCUGUUCACUCCGCAGGACCAGCUCACGGCUGUGGCUUUGUAUUUGAACAGUCAGUGGUACUCUGUGGAAGAUAUCCUCAAAACAACAAACUCCAGGCGAGAAGGCCUUAUCAAGGUGAGGUCUGUGGGUGAGAGAAUCGUCCUGUACGUGUUGAACCGCAUUGUUUACCGCACUAACGAGAUGGGAAGUGGAGAGAUGCCAUUCUUGUGCCACAGUGAAAAUGACUACGCCAAAAUCUUCUGGAAGGAUGGCCAAGCUGUGGGCUUCUACUCGGUUAAACCGAAAGGUAGUGUUUGUAAUAACUAUUUGAGGCAGGGAUACUGCCUUCCUGUCAUGGACUCCAUAUUUGUAAGGAAAGCUCACCGGGGAAAAGGCUAUGGGCUGCAGAUACUGGAGGAUUUUGUGGAUUCUUUUAACGAUGACGAUCUUGGCCUGAAGUACCCUUUGUCUCCAGCUAUGACAAAUGUGUGUAGGCGUUAUCUGGACCGUUACCCCGCUGAUGUAGACCUGUUCUGGGAGGUGGAGGGCACUGGUGGCCCCUACCAGAGGACCAGAGUGGCUCAUAAACUCAACUCUAGACCCCUGACCGACACUCGUAAAGGUGGCCAUGGUGAGGAGAAGGGGCAAAACGGAGAUCUUGUGGAGGGCGAGGUAGAGGAAUCGGAGGAGACCUGUCUCAACAAUAAUGAGGAAGUUAUUGUGGUCAACAAGCAUCAUAAAGUAACUGGAGAGAUUGAUCCGCCAAUCUCCACACGCACCCGGAGCAGUGAGCACAGGUGGCGGAAGCGAGUCCGAGACGAUGACGAAGAGGCGGAGGGGGUGGAGAGCCAGCCAGAGAAAAUCAACAGGAUGGAGAUUGCAGAAGAGGAGAAGAAGGAAUGCGUCCCUGCUGAUGGUGUGGAAUCGGUGCCUGAGGCUCCUGCUGAGACGCUGGUAUCUGCUGUGGAUGCGAACAGCGAGCAGGAUGACGCUAAGGAGGAAGAGGAGGAUGAAUCUGCCAUCCAGAAUGGCACUGCUGGUAAAGAAAAGGACGAGAUGGAGGUUGGCGAAGAGGCCAAGGGAAACAAAGCGCCUGUACAAAAGACUGUGGACAUUCCAGAGGAACCAGCUGCAGAGCAACCGGAAGCAGCUCCUGUAGCUGAGGAUAAUCAAGAAAUGGAAGUAGAUCCUAUAGCUCAUGUGCAACCAAAAGGGGAAGAUGCUUCUCCAGCUGAGGAGGAAAGGGUUGCUGAAAGCGAACAGAAAGGAGGAGAGACACGAGAAGCUCCUGCAGUUGAUGAGGAACGGGUAGCUCCUACAGCUCAUGAGGAACAAGAAGUAGCUCUUGCAGCUGAGGAGAAACAGGACGUAAGCCUUGUUCCCAAGGAGAAACAAGAAGUAGCUCCUGUAUCUGAAGAGGAACAGGGAGGAGUUCCUGCAGCUAAUGAGGAACUGGAAGGCACUCUUGCAAUUGAGGAGGAGGAGGAGGAGGAGGAGGAAGUAGCUCCUGAAGCGAAGGAAGAACAGGAAGGAGUUUCUGCAGCUAAGGAGAAACACGAUGAAACUGCUGUAGUUGAGGAGGAACAGGAAGGUUCUCCUUCAGUUGAGGAGGAACAGGAAAGUCCUCCUUCAGUUGAGGAGGAAAAAGUUGCUCCUGAAAUGGAGAAAAAUGAAGUAUCUUCUGCUGCUGCUGAGGAGGAACAAGAAGUAGCUCCUGAUACUGAGGAUAAUGAAGUAGAUCCUUCUGCUGAGGAAACAUCUUCACUUGAUGCUGAGGGAGAGCAAGGACAGGAGGAGGCUAUGGAUAUAGUGAAUGAUACCGAUGAAGUGACUGACACAUCUGAACAGUCUUUUAAGGAAGAUGAGAGGCAGCCUUCUGGAGACAAAAAGAACACACUGGUGUUGGAGGAGGAGGAAGAGGAGGCAGCUCAAAAGGAUGAGUUGGAUGAAGAGGGCGAGGAAAAGGAUGUCGAUGAAGCUUCUGAUUUUUCAAGGGUUCUUUGGGGAACCAGAACCAAAGCUGUGCCUCCAACCUCCAAACGUGCAUCCAAGAGACUGAGCAAGAUGACACUGGGGGAUGACGAGGAAGAACAGGGAGAGACGAAAGUGGUCGAAGACAAGGGAAUGAGCACCGAAGAAGAAAAGGUGACAACAGAGGAAGAGGCAGAGCAUAGUUCAGAGGAGGAGGAGCAAGUACAGGAUCCGCCAGCGAUCGACAAGAGGGUGUUGAGGGGGAAAACCAAAACGAUCCAGAACACGCAGAGAACCCGAUCCAAGCGACGUGGCAAGAUGUGAACACACCACACACACACACACACACACACACUUGCUCACUAAAUCUCUCUUAACAUGCACACACCUUAAUAACACACACAAUAGUUAUUUCAAAAGAAAGGUCCAAAUCCACAAAACGGCACAGAACAGCCACUAGUGAGUGUUAAAGCUUGUGUCAUGUGGGACGUGCACAAUUGAGCUUAAACCUGAUGUGUGGGGUUUUAUAGUGCUGGAUUUUUAUAUUGAGGUUCAGGGUUACAAUGAUUCACUGUCUGCUAGUUGUUACUAAACUUUUUGUUAACUCACUUUUUUUAUUACCGAAACAGUAAAAAAAACCAAAAGAUACUUUGUACAGAAGAUUUCAGAUCGUCCUGUCCUUCCUGUACAGAACAGUCAAUAUUAUACUCAGUGUAACGAUUAUGACUAAUUCUUUGUACGACUGAUGCCCCCCUCUUACGAUGCUGUUUUUAAAAACGCUCGAGUUGAUGUCCCCUUCCCAUUUCACCAGGGUUGAAGCUUGCACAGUCAGGAUUAUGUUGUAAUAAAUGUUAUAACAAUAAAAAUAUUCUGGCUUCUGGCAAAAUAUUUGAUUUGCAGUUAUGCUUCUGUCUGAGAAAGAGACAGCACUGUGCUUUUUUUUUUUAAUUAAUUUGUCACCUAUCUGCAUGAUUGUUUCCAAACACCCCCACACAUACUUUCAAAGCCAAAUGAUGUGCAAACUUUUAGAUUUAACUGUAAAUGAGAGUAUGAGGGACUUACAAAUAUAACCGUUACUUUAGAGCCAGUCUUUUUACUUAAACAUUUGUGGGCUGAAGAGAGAAGUUAAUCCCCUACUGAUGCCUCAAAUUUGACAAAUGUGUUGCAGUAAUGUCAUACAAACACAAGAUAUCUUGUAUAAGGGAACUGAUGUAGAUCAGUUGCCUUAAUGUGACAAAAUGGUUCUUUUGCUGUAUCAUAAAACAAAGUUAACCGAUAAUUUUAGUAGAAACAUAUUUUAGCUUUUAUCUCUAUGAAUUUUUGUUCAUUUCUCUAACUUGCGUUUAACACGAGGGAGCUCUAAGCACACGCGCGCGCGCACACACCCUGAUGGCAUUUAUCGAAGAAACUAUCCUCAGGCAUCCAUGUGUUUUGCCUGAACCUCGUGUUGGGUUUACUGUACCUCUCACCUGUGUCAGAUCUACGAUGAUUCCACUGGAAGUGUAGUAAAAGUACUUUUGUGUGCAUCUGAAACUCAGUUCAGUUUUCUAAUACUGUAUACAUUUCAACCCUGAUUCAACCCUUACCUAUUGUGGAUCUGUUUUUUUUUGUGUGUGAAUUUCUUCUAUUUUGCGAUUCCCCCCCCCCCCCCCCCCCCCCCCCCCCAAAAAAAAAUAUUACUGUACCACGUUACUGAUUUUGUUCAAGCUGUGACUUUAUUUCUGUAGCAAAUAAAUCGUUAUCUUUAUAUA